AUGUCAGAUGAUAGUAUUAAUGAAUUAAUACGUAGUUUAAACGAAAAACAACGUUUUCCUUUUGACGUAAUUAAUAUAUGGGCCCGAAGGCAUGUUAAAAAUUUAUCAGCUGAAGAAGUUACAGAAAAUCCUCCUUUGCAUUUAUUUGUUACAGGUGGUGCAGGAACAGGCAAAUCCCAUUUGAUCAAAACUAUAAGUGCAUCAGUUUCAAAAACUUUAUGUUAUAGGUCUUCAUGCAUUGAAAAACCAAAUUUGCUUUUGCUUGCACCGACAGGUGUUGCAGCGGUGAAUAUCAAUGGAACCACAACACAUUCAGCUUUAGGAAUUUCUGUAGAGUCUCGUGGGUUAACCCUUCACAAGCUUCCAGAUAAAAAGAGAUGUAAAUUAAGGCAAGAGCUAUCAGAUGUUAGAGGUAUCAUUAUUGAUGAAAUAUCUAUUGUAUCCAAUAAGUUACUGUUGUAUGUGCAUCAAAGGUUAAUAGAAAUAUUUGGAUGUGUUUCUGAUUUUUCAAAACCAUUUGCUGGCUUAACAAUAAUUUUAGUGGGUGAUUUGCAUCAAUUACCCCCCGUAAUGCAAAAACCAAUUUAUGCAGAAUUCAGCGAUGAAUUGUAUAACAUUUAUCCACUAUGGCGAAACUUUCAGAUGUGUGAAUUGACUGAAGUUAUGAGACAACGGGAAAAUGAGCCAGCUAGAGUUCAUAAUGCAAGAUUGUUAAAUAGUUUAAACAGCGAUUUGAUAACAAUAGAUGCCAUUGAUCAAGUUCCAAAAGAAGUCCCUUCUCAUGUUUAUGAAAGAAUUCAAGACUUAAGCCAAUCAAGAACUGGUGGAUUAGCUUUCCAGUUAUCUUUAAAGAUAGGUGCUAAGGCAAUGUUGACAUCUAAUAUUGACAUUCCUGAUAAACUAAUAAAUGGUCAAAUUGACAGACUUGCACAACAAUUAAAUGCAGUACCAAUUGAUCGAGUGACUACCGAAAUAAGAACAAACGAGAAAAAACUUUCCUCUCCGGUCAUUAAACGUACCCAAUUUCCUUUAAUGUUAUCAUGGGCUUGUACUGUACACAAAGUUCAAGGCCUAAGUUUACAAGAGGUUGUCAUUAGUUUUAAUUUGCUGAAACAGAGAUCAUUCAAUAAUGGACAGAUGUAUGUAGCUCUCAGCCGUGUAACGUCUUUGCAAGGGCUCCACUUAAUAGGGGUGUUCAAGUACAGUGCCAUCAAUGUUGACGACAAAGCUAAAAAAGAAUAUCAGUAUUUAAGAAAAAAUCAAAGUUUAAGUUUUACAACAGAUUUGGUGGCAAAGGAAUCCGAACAUAGCAUAUGA